AGCCAUUUUAAAAUGGCGCCGUCCAGGUCGCGUGUAACCUCGGAGUUUCUGCGCUCGUGACCACGCGCUUUAACUCGAGUGGUCGCUUUUCUCUCGGCUGAAGGAGGCAUGAGGGCUGUGAGGAGACAGCUGAGUGAGCUGUGUGUGAAAGCGCGCGCACUCAGCUGUACACGUGUGUGUGCGAGUUCACCUUCCUGCCAGACUCAUAAUACACGAGGAUUCAGUAGAGCAGGGAGUGGGGACGGGUUUACUGGAGAACAUCUGGAUGGAGAGCACAGCUGGAUGUGCAGUUCUUCUGCAGCUGUUCUGUCAGCUGUACGCAGUCAUGUUCAGCUUCUGCAGAACUUCAUCAGUGAAGAAGAGGAAGAGGCUUUUCUUAAAGAACUCGACCCAGGACUUAAGAGAAAAAGAUAUGAAUUUGAUCACUGGGAUGACGCGAUUCACGGGUUCAGGGAGACGGAGCGGCUGCAGUGGGGUGGAGUGUGUGCCGCUGUGGUGGAGCGGCUCCGAGCAGCGGCGUUUCCUGAGGGAACUCCAUUACUGGGUCCGGUUCACGUUCUGGAUCUGGACAAGGCCGGUUUCAUCAAACCUCAUGUAGAUAGUGUGAAGUUUUGUGGAAGCACGAUCGCCGGUCUGAGUCUCUUGUCUGACAGCGUCAUGCGUCUGGUCCGUGAAGAGAACUCAGCGGACCGGGUGGAUCUGCUUUUAAAGCGUCGUUCUCUCUAUAUACUGAGAGACGAAGCUCGGUUUAAAUUUACUCAUGAAAUCCUGAAGGAUGAGGAUUCGUUUUUCUCGGGACGGAGAAUUCCUCGGCAUCGGCGCAUCUCAGUUAUUUGCCGGAAUCUUCCACUUUAGACUUUCACAAUGUUGUAGUGAAGCCUGUGUUUAACAGCCGACUGUAAAACAUCACCACUGUCUGAUCUGUACAGGUUUAAAUAAAUUCUGAUGAACAAAUUGUU